CUUUUUUUUUUAUUAUUAUUAUUAUAAUACUAAUGAAUUUGAUAUUUUGUUCGUCACAUAUUCGAAAACAUGUAACCCUAUGUUUAAAACGAACUUAUUCUACCAUUGAAAUCAAAAGACAACAAGCUUUUCAAGGUGGUGGAAAAGAAAAACAACAUGCUCAACACAACAAGGGAAAAUUGACAGCUAGAGAACGGCUUACCUUAUUACUCGAUACGAAUAGUUUUAGAGAAUACGAUACAUUUGUCGAACAUCAAUGUCACGAUUUCGGCAUGCAGGAUAAGAAAUAUGCAGGUGAUGGAGUAGUCACUGGUCAUGGAACAAUUCAUGGACGUCGAGUGUUUGUCUACAGUCAAGACUUUACUGUUUUAGGUGGAAGCUUAUCCAAAUCGAAUGCUCAAAAAAUAUUAAAAAUCAUGGACCAGGCUAUGGCAGUACGCGCUCCUAUCAUUGGUUUACAAGAUUCUGGUGGUGCUCGUAUACAAGAAGGUGUAGACUCUUUGGCUGGUUAUGCUGAUAUAUUUCAGAAAAAUGUAUUAGCUUCUGGUGUUAUUCCUCAACUCUCUCUCAUUAUGGGACCAUGUGCAGGUGGUGCAGUCUAUUCCCCAGCUCUGACGGAUUUUACAUUUAUGGUUCGAAAUACUUCACAUAUGUUUGUUACUGGUCCUGAUGUGGUGAAAGCUGUUACAAAUGAAAAUGUCUCUCAAGAAACUCUUGGUGGUGCCAAAACGCAUACAACAAAGUCAGGUGUAGCUCAUAAUGAUUUUGCAAAUGACAUUGAAGGUUUACAAGGGAUGCGUGAUCUUUUUGGUUAUUUACCUUUACACAAUCAAGAUUCAAUACCUACUCUACCAUGUGAUGAUCCAAUAGAUCGUGCAGAUCAAGCUCUAGAUACCAUUAUUCCUAGUGAUCCAUUCAAAGCAUAUGAUAUGAGAGAAGUGGUAGAUAGGAUCGUUGAUAGUCAUUCAUUUUUUGAAAUUGCUCCCAAAUUUGCCCAGAAUAUUAUUGUAGGAUUUGGUCGUCUUGGUGGACAAUCUAUUGGUGUCGUAGCGAAUCAACCAUUGAUAUCAUCUGGUGCAUUGGAUAUGGAUGCAUCGGUAAAAGCGGCAAGAUUUAUUCGAUUCUGUGAUGCUUUCAAUAUCCCUUUGGUGACUUUGGUAGAUGUACCAGGAUUCAUGCCAGGCACUCAACAAGAACAUGCAGGUAUCAUUCGACAUGGAGCAAAAUUGGUAUAUGCCUAUUGUGAAGCUACUGUUCCCAAACUGACCGUCAUCACAAGAAAGGCUUAUGGAGGUGCUUAUAUUGUCAUGAGCUCAAAACAUUUACGUGGUGAUUACAAUGUUGCUUGGCCAUCUGCCGAAAUUGCGGUGAUGGGUGCUGCUGGUGCUGCUGAUGUUGUGUUUAGGAACCAUCCUGACAAGAAAGCAAUGGAACAAGAAUAUAGGAACAAGUUUUCAACCCCUCUGAUGGCAGCAAGUCGAGGUUAUUUGGAUGAUAUCAUCGAGCCCAGAUCUACAAGAACUAGAUUGAUUGAACAGUUGCAAUUAUUGAAAACCAAAUCGAUUCAAAAUCCCUGGAAGAAACAUGGCAGUAUACCGUUAUAAUUGUAGAUAUAUUAUUUAUUAUUAUUAUUAUUAUUGGAAAAUAAACGUUUUGACGAUCUAUUGGUCUUUUUAAUAUCA